AUGGGGGAUUUGUUUAUGGCGGCGCCACCAGCAGCACCACCGUCGGUACUAGCACCGCUUUAUAAACAACGAUCGUGGUCUGCUGAUACCUAUCGUGAUGAGGCUUGGUUGAAAAGGAAAGGUAAUCAUAAGAGGAAACGAAGCAAAAGUGUCACUAACGACGACCUUGACGACCUUAAGGCAUGUAUUGAAUUGGGUUUCGGAUUCGAUUCUCCAGAUUUAGAUCGCAAGCUUUCCAAUACUUUACCAGCUUUAAGUCUAUAUCAUGCCGUCAACAAGCAAUACAGCGAUAGCAUUCUCAAGUCUUUACCUUCGACUCCUUCAUCAGAGACAUCAUCUCCCCCUGGAAGUCCUCUCACCUUCAUCAGCCCAGGUGAUGAUCCUCAGUUGGUUAAGACAAGAUUAAGGCAGUGGGCACAGGUCGUUGCAUGUUCGGUGCGGCAAUCUUCUUUGAUUUCAUCAGGUGAACCAACCUGGUCUUCCACCGAUUCUCUCAAUGGAUUGAACAAAGAAUGACGGAAAAAAAAUAUU